AUGGUAGCCAACAGUGUAGACGUUUUAAAUUUACUAAUAAACUUUAGUACUAAUAAUAAUAUUAAAGAAUAUGAUGAUGAGUUAAUUCGAAAUUUUUUUUCUGAAAUUAUUUUAUUAUUAAUUCAAGAUGAAGAUAAAAAUAAACUGUGUAAAGAUGUUAAUAAUUAUAUUGUUAAUGAAGUUCUAAAAAAGGAAGAAGAAUAUAAUAAUAAAGGAGAUAUAAAAAAUAAAAACAUGAAAGAUGGAAAUAAUAAUAAUAAUAAAAAAAAAAAAAAAAAAGAAUGUGACAAAAGGAGUGAUGGAAAAUAUGGAAAUAACUUAGAAAUUAUAAUAUUGUUUAUAGAUUGUUUAUUUAAAAAAUAUUGGAAUGAAUUAUUUUAUAAUAAUAAUAAUAAUAUAGAUAUAGAUAUAUCUUGGGUAUAUAAAAUAUUACAAUUAAAAGAAGGAGAAAAAAAUAAAUAUUCUUCUGUUUUGCUAAAUUUUUUAAAAAAUAUAUUAAUAAAGAUACAAGAAGAAAAUCCUGAAUUUUCAGUAAUCAUUUUUUUAUUAAAUCAUAUACAAAUAAAAAUACAAAAUCAUAUAAAAGAAAAUCACGAUAAAAAUAAAUAUCUUUUUUAUAAAAAAUGGAACAAUAAGCUCACUGAAUUAUCAUCAAAAGGUUUUCAUGAGUAUUCUUAUAAAAAUGUAUCAGAUGAUUUGUAUGUUCAAAGGGAAGUGUCUGAAUGUAAUGAAUAUGAAAAAGAAAAUAAUACACACAACAAUGAUAAUAAUAAUAAUAAUAAUAUUAUUAAUAAUGAUGAUAAUAUUAAUAGUGAUAAUAUCAAUAGUGAUGAUAAUAUUAAUUGUGAUAAUAUCAAUAGUGAUGAUAAUAUAAAUAUUAUCCAUUCUAAACUUAUAAAUAUCAUAACACAUACAAAUCAAAAUAAAAGUUAUAAAAACUUUUUGAGUACAUUCAAUUUAAACUUUGAAUAUUUAUGUGUAUUAUUUAUUUUAUAUUUGGAAGAUGAAAAGAGUAACCAAAAAAAAAAUUCGUCCACAUAUCAAAGUGAUGUCAAGGAUGUAUAUGAAAAUAAAAUAUUAAAAGAAAUUAACAUAAAUAAUAAUUAUAAUGAAGAGAUAAUAAUUAUUAAAUUAAUAAAUUAUAUUUUAUAUCAUAUAGUUCUGAUUAAUGAUAAAAAUAUGAGAAAUAUUUUAAUUAAAGAUUUUUCUUUUGUAGUAAAAGAAUAUAUAUAUCCUGCACAUGUAUUUGAAAAAAUAUGUUUGAAUGUUAUUGAGUUAAUGUAUUUUGUUCUUACAUAUGAUAUGUUUGAAAAAAGUAUGAUUAAUAAUGAUAUUCAUCUUAUUCAAAAUGACAACAACAAUAAUAAUAUUAUUAAUAAUAAUAAUAUUAAUAAUAAUAAUAUUAAUAAUAAUAAUAUUAAUAAUAAUGACAGUGUUGAAGAGACCAGUCAAAAUUAUGAUCAUAAGAAGGUAUAUAUGGGAAACAAAGACAAUGAAUCUAUUUUAUAUAUAUAUUAUAAAUAUAUGAUCACUAUAUACUCUACAGAUAUUUUAAAUACAGAUGAAUAUUUAUUAAAUGAUAUAUACAAUUUUAUUAUUUUAUAUAUAGAUUAUAUAUAUAAUGAGAGUUUUAUUGAAAAAAGUUAUAUAAAUGAUAUAAGAUAUUAUUUUUUAUUUUUUAAUAAAGGAUAUAUGAAUGAAAACGUUUUAAAAAAAUUGUUAUAUAUUUUUAAUACACUUAUUAAUAUCUUAAACAAAACAAAAAAUUUUAAUAAUGAAGUGUCACGUUUUAUAAAGGUAUGGAAUUAUUUUGAAUGUAUUAUUAGAUGUAUUGAAAAUUUUUCUGUGCAUCUUCUAAAAAGUAAUUGGUUUAAAAUAGUCGAUCUUAUAAACAUUGUCAGUUCUAUAAAAGUGAUAUAUCAUAAUAAAUAUGAAACUGAUAAAAAUAUUUAUGAUGUGUGUGAUGAAUAUAAUGAGGAUAUAUGUAUCCAUAUGAAGAAUGUUAAUAAAAAAAAUAAUAAAAAUAAAAAAAAUGAUAUAAAUCAAAAUUGUGAUGAUGAUAUAAAUCAAAAUUGUGAUGAUGAUAUAAAUCAAAAUUGUGAUGAUGAUAUAAAUCAAAAUUGUGACGAUGAUGAUAUAAAUAAAAAUGAUGAUGAUGAUAUUAUAAAUCAAAAUUGUGAUAAUAAUAUAAAUAGAAUACAUAACUUUGAAAAUCUUUUAUUUUUUGAUCACAUAGAUUAUUAUAUCUUUCAAACAUGUGCUAUUCGUAGCUAUAAUAAUAUUAAUAAAUACAUGAUGAAUAAUAAAAAAAUAAAAAAAGGACAAUAUAAUAUACAAAAUGAAAUAAAUUUUGUUAUAUAUAUAGAUUAUAUAAUAUUAAAAUUAAAUGAAUAUUUAAUAUGGUUGUUGCUGAUACAUAAGAAUGAUUCUGUUAUAAGAUAUUCCUUAUGUGGAUUAUUAGAUUAUGAGAAUAAAAAUAAUAUUGAAAUUUCAAAUUUCAUUAAUAAGAAUAAUGAUAAAAUUAAAUGUAUAGAAGAAAAAUUAUCAUCUAAUGAAAAGAAAAUAAAUAUUUUAACUUUUAUAAAUAGUAUAAGUGAUCAUUUUUUAUUUAAUAUAUUUUUUAUUCAUAUUGUUAAGCCUACGUUAUUUAUUAAAGGAGAUAUGCUAUAUUAUGAAUCAAGGAUAAAAAAUUUUAUUAUGUCUAAAAUAUUAUAUAAACAAAAAUAUUCUUAUCAUUAUUUAUUGAAAUUUAUUAUAUGUCUAAAUCAUAUUAAUUACUAUUAUAUUAACCUUAGAAUAAUUCUAGAGACACUACUUCAAUCAAUAAAUAUAUAUAAUAAUGAAAACACAAACGAUAAUAAAAAUAAUAAUAAUAAUAAUAAUAAUAAUAAUAAAAAGGAUAGUUAUAUAUCACACCAUCAUACAUUCAGUGGUAUAUUUACCUUUUAUAAUAUGAUUAUUAUUAAUAAGGAAAAUACAAAAAAUUUUAAAAAUUUUAAAAAUUUUAAAAAUUAUUUAAAUAUAGAGAAUAUAAUAAAAAAACAAAAUAUAUAUCCUAACAAAUUUUAUUAUCCAUAUAAUAUAUAUAAUAAUCAAAAUAUUCAUAACAUUAUUAUGAAUAUUAUAAAAAAUAUUAAAAAUAUUUCAUUUAGUAGAAGAAAUGAUAUACUUUUUAUUAUCUUAGAAAUUAUGAUCAAAAUGAAUGAUGUAUUAAAUAUUUUUACAAAUUUUAAAAAUUAUUCUAUCUUCUUAAAUUUAUUUGAAGAUUCUUUUUUUCAAGAGCAUUUAAAAAGUUUCCAAGUUAUUUUCAGAAUUAAUCAACAUCAUCUUUUAAAAGAUAUUCAUAUACAAAAAGAAAAAAAAAAUCAUAAUGUUAUAAAAAAUAAUAAAAAUAAAAUAUAUAAUGAAUAUCAAGUCCAAAGUGAUUAUAUCCCAUUACAUCAAGAUAUUAGUGAUAAACCUACAAAAAUUUUGUUUAUUAAAAAUAGUAAAAAUGUAUUAUUAAAUCAUUUUAUAGACUUAUUGAAUGAACAUAUAUAUUUUAAUAAAUAUUUGUAUUAUUAUGGAUAUAUGCGAUUAUUUCAUUUAAUGUUGAUACAAGGAGGAGAAGAUGAUAAUAAAUCGGAUUUAAGAGAAGAAAUACAUAUUGUGGAAUAUUAUAAUGAAAAUUAUGAUAUAAAAAGUAACAAUUUAAAAGAAAAAUAUAUUAAUAAUGAUGAUAAUCAUUGUAAUUCUUUAAUAUCCAUUCUUAUUUGUUAUAUUAUAAAAAAUAAUUUAUUUUAUUAUUUCAAUAAAUCAUGUCUCCUUAAUCUUAUACAUAAUAAUAUAAAAAAAUUCAAAGAUUUUAUUUUUAAGAACAAUUCGAUCCUUACACAAAAUAUAGAUACACACAAUAAUUAUAAUAAUAAUAAUUUGAUAAACUGCUACAAAUUUUAUAAAUAUAUAGAAUCCCUUUUCUUAUAUUUAGAUACACUGGAAUAUAUAAAUAUAAAUGAACAAUAUAUAUCCUCUCAAAAUAUGAUUCAUUAUUAUAAUAGUGACUACCCAUAUAAACAACAUACAACACACAACAAAAAUAAUAUUCAUGUAAACAAUAAAAUGAAUCAUAUUAUAUACAAUGAAGAUUAUAAAAAUCAUGUUGAUAAUAAUAAACUAUUAAAUUUGGGAUCAAUAAAUAUAGAAAAUCUAAAGGAAUAUUCUUCUCUUUUUGAUGAUGUUAAAGAAUUAUAUGAUGCUUGUUGUGAUUAUUUGAUGUAUAUAGGAAAUAAAGACAACACAAAAUAUGAUAAUACAAAUAAUUAUCAUAAUAUAAAAUUAAUAUUAAUCUUGUCUUUUUUAUCAAAUAUAUAUAAUAUAUAUAAUCCAGGCAAAUGGAAUAAAGAAUUAAAUUUUAAAAUACAAGAUUUAUCUUUAAAAAGAUUAAAUAAUAUAAAAUUUAGACAUUCUAAUAAAUAUUCAUUAAAUAAUUAUGAUGACAAAUUUAAUUAUUAUAAAUACAAAUAUUUUUAUAAUUGUUUCUUUUGUUGUGGUUCUUCUAUGUCAUUGAAUGAAGAAGAAAUGUAUAUGUAUUUUGAAAAAAUAAUAAAUGAUAUUGAAAUAUCUAAAGAUGAAUUAGUAUAUAUAUAUUUAAUUAUUAAAAAUUAUAUGAUACCAUAUAUAUAUAGCACACCUAAUGAUGAUAUUAUGAGUAGUUCUAUAUAUAAAAUGAAAGAAAUCAAGAAAAAAAAAAAAAUGAUAAUUUUCAAAUUGUUAUUUAAGCAAACUGAUAUAUUAAUUGAUAGAUUCUCUGUUUGUAAAUAUCCUGUUCAUUUAAUGGAAUUAGUAUUUUUGACUUUAUUUCAUCCAUUACUUAUAAGAUUUGAGAUAAAUAAUUUUAUAGACAUUGAAGAUAAGGAUUCAAAUGUUUGUGACAUGAGAAAAAAAAACGAAGAAAUCAUAUCAACUUAUAAAUAUUGUUAUGAUGAGAGGAAUCAGAGUGAUAAUAACAAUACAUAUAGAGAAAAUAAUACACACGAUAAAAAUAAUAAUAAUAUUAAUGAUAAUAAUAAUAAUAUUAGUGAUAAUAUUUGUGAUAAUAUUUGUGAUAAUAUUUGUGAUAAUAUUAGUGAUGAUAGCUUUUUUCUUUUAAAUUAUGUACGUAAAAUUUUAGAGAGAGGUAAAACCAAACUUUCUAUCACAAGAAAUAUUGUAAUACCCAUGUUAACAUCUUAUUUUUAUAACUUAAUUAAUUAUGAUGAUAUAAUAUAUAUUAAAGAAGAAUAUUUAAAUAAAUUUAUAGAAGUAAUUGUUGAGAUAUUAAUGUAUAAAGAAUAUGUUUUAUUAGAUGGGAAAAAAAAUUUUACAAAUGAAUCUUUUAAAAUAAAAGAAUAUAAUAAUUUACUUUUAAAUAAUUUUAUAAAUGAAAAAAUAUGUAAUUAUCUUAUAAACAAAUUAGAUAGGAAUGAAGAUAUAUUAUUUCCUUCUGAACUUUAUCAAGUUCAUCAAACACCUAUAUUUUUAAGAAUAUUAACAUUAAUAUUUUUAAUUAAUUUAUUUAAUAUUUUAGAUUCUACAUAUCUUUCAUCUAUAAAGUUAUGUCAAACAAGAGAAGACAAAUAUGAAAAAAGUUCUUUUAAUAAAAAAAAAAAAAAAAUCUUAUAUAUAUAUGAAAUAUUAAUAAUUUAUAUAUUAAAAAAAAUAGAUAACAAAAAUAUUUAUCAUAUGAAUAACAAAGGAUAUAAUGAAAUCAAAAGUUCUUGUAAUAAUAAUAAUGAGAAUAAUAAUGAGAAUAAUUCAUUUGUUAUAAAACAAAAUAAUGAAAAAGAAAAAAUACCCCCCUUACCAUCGUCACAUGGACAUAAUAUUCAACUCAGAGGUUUACAAGCUUUAUGUAUGUUAAGUAAAUAUUUUAAACAUUUAAAAAAAAAAAACAGGAAAAAAAUUAUUUCUUAUAUUAAUAUUAUACUUAUUUAUGAUCAUUUAAAUAAUACUCGUCAAUAUUUAGAAUAUUUCUGUCUAGCCAUUAGUCAUUCUUCUUUUGUUUUAAUGUAUCCAUAUUUGAUAAAAUAUUUAUCACAUAAUAAUGUAAAUAAUCAGCUAACUAUAACAUCACUAAUUAUAUGUGCAUAUCUAUUUUUAAAAACGAAAUUUUCGAAUUAUUCUUUUGAACAAUUAUAUAUUAAUUCAUAUGCUGAAAUUUGUUCUAUAAAACAAAACAAAAAAAACAUUUUAACAAAUAAUGUACCUGUCAUAAAUAAAAAAGAAAGUAAAUUAAAGAGAAGGGCACAGGAUAAGAAAGUAAAACAUAUUAUUAAUGAACUUGUGAAAAAAAAUAAAAAUGAUGUCAGUGGAAUUGUUCAAGCUGUAAAAAAUUUGAAAAAUAUAAACACACAUAAAAGUGAUAACAAAAGAUAUAAUGAUAAUUAUGUUACAAAUAAAAAUAUUCUACAUAAUUUUGAUAAUAAAAAAUAUGAUAACCAGUUGGAAAAAAAAAAAAAAAAAAAAAAACCAAUUUAUGAUAAUAAAAAAUAUAAAAAUCAUAAUUACAAAAUGAAUAAAUUACAAAUGGAGGAGAAAAAUGAUUCUAUUCAAAAUAGUGAUUUACAAAAUAUACAAAAUGAUUAUUUUUAUUCUGAACAUAUAUUUAAUUGUUUAUUAAAAUUAUUAUAUGGUAUUGUUUCUUUAUGUUCAUCUCAUUCAGCUGUUAUAAGAAGUAUAUCUCAAUUUAUUGUAUAUAAAUUUAUAAAAUUAAAAGGUACUAUUCAUUUAAAUCCUUUUUUUUCAUCUCUUUUUUCAUAUAUAAAAUAUAAUAAAGAUUGUAAAAGAAUAAGGAAAAAAAUUAAAAGUCAAUUUAAUUAUUGGAAUGUAAAUCGUUUUGAUAAUAUACGUUUCUUAUUACCUACAGAAAAUUAUUCAUAUAAUCAUUUUGAUGAAGACAUAAAUUAUAACAAUGCUAAUACAUUUUCUCAUAUUCUAUAUAAUAACGAACUUGUUAUGUCAUAUACUUUUAUAGACAAAUUUAAACAAGUGGUUCAACAAGAAAUGUCUUUUAUGAUCUUUAAUAUUGAUAUAGAAAAGGAGAAACAAGCAGCUAAAAAUAAUAAAUUGAUAAAUGAACAGAAUGUGUCACUAAAUAUUAUUAAUAGUAUAUAUGAACACAAUAUGAGGACACAAAUAGAAAGUGAACAGGUUAAAGUGGGAUCCUCUAAAAAUGUGUAUUCUGAUAUUACAGAUGAAACUCAUAUGGGUCCUAAUAAUAGUGUUGAUAUAAAGGGUGAUGGUGUUGAUAUAAAGGGUGAUGGAGUUGAUAUAAAGGGUGAUGGAGUUGAUAUAAAGGGUGAUGGUGUUGAUAUAAAGGGUGAUGGAGUUGAUAUAAAGGGUGAUGGUGUUGAUAAACAUACAACAAUUAGCUCUAACGAAGACAAUACAAACAAUAUAACAACCAUAUCCAGUGAAAUAAAUUAUGAUGUAUUUAGCUUAGAAAAUAUUAUAGAACAAAAUAAGAAUAAUUAUCAGAAAAAAUUUGAUCCAAUUUCAAAUAUUAUAGAAAUAAAUAAUGAGUUCAGAAAAAAUUAUUUAAAUAAAAAAAAAAGAAACGAUUUAAUUGUUAUAGCAUCCUUAAUUGAGAAAAUACCUAAUCUUGCUGGCUUAUGUAGAACAUGUGAAAUAUUUAAUGUCAAAAAAUUACUUAUAGAUAAUAUUAAUAUAAUUAAAGAUUAUCAAUUUCAAAAAAUAUCAUCCACUGCUAAUAAAUGGAUGAAUAUUAAAGAAUUGAAAAAAAGUGAUAUCAUCAAUUAUAUAAUAAAAAAAAAAAAAAAAUAUUCUAUCAUAGGAUUAGAACAAACGCAUAACAGUCAGAAAUUAAAUCAUUUCAUUUUUCCUAAAAAAUGUAUACUUAUCUUAGGAGAUGAAAAAGAAGGUUUACCUUCAUCUAUUCUUAUGUUUUUACAUCAUUGUAUUGAGAUACCUGGACAAGGAAUUAUAAGAUCCUUGAAUGUUCACGUUUCUGCAGCUAUAACUAUAUAUGAGUAUUUCAAGCAGCAAAUAUGA